GCGCCCCCGCGGCAGGGAUGCAUCAUGGCCACGUUGGCUUGCCGGGUGCAGUUCUUGGACGACACAGACCCUUUCAACAGCACCAACUUCCCCGAGCCCAGCCGGCCGCCGCUUUUCACGUUCCGGGAAGACCUCGCGCUCGGCACCCAGCUGGCCGGGGUCCACCGGCUGCUGCGGGCGCCACACAAGCUCGAUGACUGUACACUGCAGCUCUCCCACAAUGGCGCCUACCUGGAUUUGGAAGCAACGCUGGCAGAACAGCGGGAUGAGCUAGAAGGCUUCCAGGAUGACGCUGGGAGGGUCAAGAAGCACAGCAUCAUCCUGAGGACACAGCUGUCAGUGAGGGUCCAUGCUUGCAUCGAAAAACUGUACAACUCCAGCGGACGAGAUUUAAGAAGGGCCCUUUUCUCUCUGAAGCAGAUAUUUCAGGAUGACAAGGACUUGGUGCAUGAAUUCGUAAUGGCUGAAGGUCUGACAUGUUUGAUUAAAGUGGGAGCCGAGGCCGAUCAAAACUAUCAGAACUACAUCUUGAGGGGUAAGUCAUGACUCGGGGGCGUGCCUUCGCCAGCCCCUGGAGGGAGGUCUUGUUUCCCUUCAGGGAUUUGAAUACUGUGAGUUUAAAAAGACUUGGAUUUAGGAGUAAGGUGGUAAAGAUACCCUGUAGCGAGAGACACCUUCAUUAGGUUUUGUCAAUUCAGAGCUAGUUUUAUUGACUUUCUGCUGGAUUCUCUUCUGGGUUAUUAAGAAGAAGAGCCUACUAACUUGGUUCUUUAGAAUCUUUCUUACUUGGUGAAGAAAGGGACACAAUAAGUGGGCUUGCAUUUUAGCAGUUGUUGCUAGCAGCAUUGAGUUGGCCCUGACUGAUGGCGACCCCGUGCACAACGGAAUGAAAUGCUGCCCACUCCUGAGCCAUUCCCGUGAUAAGUUCUGGAUCAGACUGUUGUGAUCCAUGGGGUUUUUACUGGAUGAUUUUCAUAGUAGGUUGCCAGGCCUUUCUUCCUAGCCCACCUCAGUCUGGAAGUGCUGCUGAAACCUGUUCAGCAUCGUAGCAACGCGUAAGCCUCCACUGACUGAUGGGUGGUGGCUGCAUAUGAGGUGCAUUGGCUGGGAAUUGAACCCUGGUCUCCUGCCUGGAAAGUGAGAAUAUCAGUACUGAACCACCAGUGCCUCCAUAUUUCAGCAGUAAAACUACCCCAGACCCAAGAGACCCAUUUAUUUCUUGAGAAAAAAAAAAUUUUUUUCUCUUUUAACUUGAGUUUGUCACCUGGGGCGCUUGUCCGAAGUGCACGUUCCUUUUGGUUGUGACUUAGUAGGUCUGCGGGAGGCCUGU